UGUGCGGCGGAGGAAUGGAGUCACCUGACGGGGUACGUGAGCACACGCACAACGGGAAGCGGAAUCACGUGACGGUGGCAUAAUGGAGGCGGCUCUGGAGCAGCAUCUGGAGGACACGAUGAAAAAUCCAUCUAUUGUUGGAAUCUUAUGCACUGACUCGCAGGGAUUAAACUUGGGGUGCUGUGGAAGUCUCUCUGAUGAGCAUGCUGGUGUGAUCUCUAUCCUUCCUCAGCAGGCAGCUAAGCUUACGCUCGACCCAACCGAUGUGCCUGUUGUUUGUCUGGAAUCUGACAGCGGAACCAUUAUGAUCCAGAAGCACGAUCGUCUGACUGUAGCCGUUCACAAGAUGUCAUCCUAAGAACAUCUGUAUGCAGCAGAAUCAGAAUGAGACAUAACACAUACCAGUCUCCAUUGACUUAUUUUUGGAAAAGAAGAAAAAUACAAACUUUGAAGUUCUAGCCAAACUGUCUAAUGUGUUAAAUUUGUUUUGUUUUAGGAUUACAGUUUCCAAAAUAGAAGAUGCCAAGAAAAGUUCUCAACCUGAAUGAGGGUGGCGGUACAAACAGUCUAUAUUUUAGAUGUCAAUCUUCAGUAUUGAGAACUUUUAAUAUGAGAGUAAAUAAUUAAUAUGUGAAAGGUUGACUCGCACAAGAUACAGGUAAUUACUGCUUUCAUAAUGUUUAUUCCCUUAAGGUUAUGGUGACAUGUAAUGCUUUUUUUCCCCCUUCUUGUAAAUAUCGAAAAUGUGUGCAAUUUCUGUAUAUUUUUAUCCAAAAACAAGUUGAGGAACAGUUGCAAACCACACAGAACACUUAGAAUAUCUAGUGUGUUGGAAUGUCAACUUUUCUAAAUAAAAAAAAAAAGUAA